AACAAAAAUACCAUAGACAAGUUAUGAGAAAAAAAUUGCAGGAUAUAAUUUUAGGAACUCUUGGGCUGGGAAAUAAAAUCAAUCUUUUGUGCUGGACACCUAAAUUGAUCCUAUUUCGAUCCAAAUUUAACCCCCAAUAUAUUGAAAUUACUCGAUAGCAAUUCUACUCGAUUGCUGUGAAGCCUGAAAAGGUUCUACGUGCUUUGUUAUUCAAGGUGGUGGACUAUCGUGAACUCAGUGACUUAUUGACGAAAUGUGUUAUUCAGUAGUCAGUGUGAAGAUUUAUUCAUAAAUCUCACUCCUGUACAGUGACAAUGCAAUCAUUUGCAUUCCAUCACAGGUUUAAGAGAUAGUGGAGUGCAGUAUAAUGGAUUUCUAUGCAGUGAUUACGAACUGUUGCGAUACUGUGUAGCGCUCUCGCUCGCCGAAGCACCUUAUUCAGUUGCACUCAGGGAGGUAUAUAUAGCGCCACGAUGGCGGUGAAGAAGCACGAGCUCGCGCCGGACAGCCGCAAUCAGCUGGACCUGGCGACCCUCGCGCAGUACAUCCAGAUGCUGGACAACCAGCCGUUCUACCUGCCCGACACGCCCGACAUCACCAAGCACUGUCAGGACAUCGUCAAGUGUCUCGCCCGCACGUCCAUCGGAGGGAACGGCGUGGAGCUAUGGGAGCAGCUUCACCUGGUAGAGGCGUUCUUCAUCAGCCUGCUGCAGUCGAUGCCGGUGGCCGCGCGCCGCGAGAUCGUCAGCGCCGUGCUGGAGAAGUUCCACUCUCUCAUCUCUGACCCUCAGUCCGACGCCUGCCCCGCCAUGUCGGUGGUGCUGAUCGUGUUCGACGGCGCCGAGUCCGAGGACAUGAUGAAGGCGGCGAGGUGGCUGAUGGAGAGGGAUGAGAAUGGACCAGCGGCCGGCGCCGGCCUGCGCGCCUGCCUGUCCUGCUUCUAUCGUUGGACCUACCAAUGGGACGGAACCCCGGCUUUGGGUGAUUGGAUUAUGACUUUCAUCAAAGUCCUCGAGGAGAAGGAGCACUUCGACAUCCUGAUCGAGGUGUCCAUAGACAACAUAGAGCGGAUGGUGCUGGCUCUCCGCAAGAGUGUGGACAUGAAGCGGAGCGUCGCCGCCGUGAUACUGCACGUGCUGGCUUGCAUGAGGGACUCCACCGACGCGCUGGAUAGGAUCGCGCCCCACGUGGACACGAUCCUGGUGGCGCUGGCGUCGCAGUGCGGGCAGUGGAGCCGGCAGCUGCUGCAGAACGUGGUGGACAUCCUCGCGGCGUACAUCGACGCGCUGCCCGUGCGGACCAACCCUCGUAUUGCGGACAAAUACGCCAGUGUGAUGCUGUGCCUCGAGAAGCACAUGGCGUCUCGCGGGUGCCCCUACCUCGCCUACCCGAGCUGGUCAUCACAAGCUCAGCCCGGCACCAGCGGCGCCCCGUCGGUGCCGUCCGCGCCGCCUACCCGCAAAGUGGGCCUUCUCAACCUGGGGAACACCUGCUAUAUGAACAGCGUCAUGCAAGCCCUGCUUGCUACUAGGCAAUUCAGCUCUCACGUGGUACUACGCAUGCACGCCGUCCCCUACUGGCAACUAGUGGGGGGGCUGUUCGCGAAGAUGAUCCACUCCAUCUCCACCAAGCUGAACCCGGAGGACAUCUUCCACGCGGUGAAGCCGCCCUUCUUCACGCUCGACCACCAGCACGAUAGCUCCGAGUUCUUGGGAUACCUAUUCGAACUCUUACACACGUACGAGCAUGUAUCCGACGUGAACUUCGACUACUCGCGGCCGCACGCCAUCCACUGCGGGCAGCUGCGCUCGCUGCCGGCGCGGCCCGCCGCCAAGCCCACCACUAGCAAGGCGGAGGCCACCAGGACCAGGUCCUCGCCCAGUCACGACCAUGACAACAACAACGAGCCGGGCGGCCGGCGCUCCAUGUCGCCGCGCCCCGGCGGCAGCGGCGUCGUCACGCGCGCCGGCGGAUCCGGCAAGCGGAUAUCCCCGGGCCGCUCUCCCGAGUGCCUGAUGCCGCCCAAAAAGCGCCCGCGCAUGCACAUGGUCGAGCCGACCUUCUUGCGACAAAACUCCUUCGUCGACAGCCUUUUCGGAGGCGUCCUUCUCACCAGAGUCGAAUGCUCGCAAUGCCAGAUGUCAUCGCUAUCCCGGGACGUCUUCAGGGACCUUCAACUAGCGUUCCCGGAGAAGCCCGAGCCCGGGAAACAGCAUUGCGUGCAAAGUCUGCUCGAGUUUUACUGCUCGAAGGAGCGAAUGACUGGCGACAAUAGAUAUGACUGUCGCGACUGCGGGCAACUGAUGGAGGCCGAGAGAAGCGUGCUGAUCGAGACGCCGCCGAAACAUCUCAUUUUGGUGUUGAAGAAUUUCAGAUUCGAGGCGAAGCGGCAAUCGCAGACGAAACUGAUGCACCCGAUGCACUACAACAGCACCAUCACGCUGCCGACUGUCCGCUCGCAGACGGACCACGCGACCUACCAACUGUACGCGGCCGUGAUCCACGCCGGCACCACGCUCGACUCGGGCCACUACUUCACGCUGGCCAAGGACAACGACCAGUGGCACAUGUACAACGACGACGUCGUCACCCCGAGCGACGAGGGCGAGCUCAACGCGCUCACCAACUGCUGCACCCCGUACAUACUGUUCUACCGCCGCACUGACGUCGAGGACGUGCCCACCCCGCGCAUGCAGGAGAUGCCCGAGAAGGUCCAGGAGAUCGUCAUGUCCCACAACAAGCACUUCAUCGAGAGCAUGCGCCAGCUCCGCGGGCAGCGCCCAUGACUAAGAGCCACUCGCUUCAACGAGCUGCAAACUCGAGAGAUGAUAAAUUACGACAUGCGCUGCUACUACGGAAUGAUACCGCUAGAUCUGACCACUGGAGACAAGAACGGACCGAUUACUGCUUAAUGACACAAACGAGCGCAAAGCACCCUGUAGCUAGUAGUGUUGAUGUUAGCCCCGCCUGCCGCGUGGAGUGAAUAAUUGUUUGUUUCGACGUGGUAAGAAGAUAAUGUAAAAUAUAGAGAAAGCAAUAAAAACGAUUUUCCCUGUGACUUUAUUAUUGUUAUUAUUAUUAAUAAAGUAUAUGACGCGUAUUUUACAUGAAUGGACAAGAGUAUUGACGGAAAUGAACAAUUAUUCGCUCCUUGCAACCGAUUUCCAUAGAUAGUCCGCACUUGAACACUGGGUGUGCUAUAUUAGAUCUUCCCCUGACCCCCAAUAAGCUUUUACAACGGCCUGUAACUAUAGAUUCAGAUAUAUCUUGAUGUUUAUAUGUUAUAUUAUGAUAAUAAAUUAAGAGCUAUUGGUAUAAUCAUAUUUUCAGUACGUUGAUUAUUUUUAUCGUCGGAUAUAUGUAUCGGCAGCACUGCAAUUGUUAAAAUUUGUUUAUAUGAUUAUAUAUGUAUAUAUAUUUUUAUAAGACAACUUGUGCUUUAAGUUUACGAUGUUGGGUAUUUGGUAAAAAGGGUUAGUGAUAUUGAUAUGAGAAUGGCAUAGUAAUUUUAAAGUACAAGUGAACUUAGCCAUAUAAUAUUGUAUUUUAUAUAGUUGUAAAUAUUAGUUUUAUAUACCCUGAGGUAUAAAAGUUUUUUGCAAGACAAUUCUUUAGUUAGUUAUAUCUUGGUUAUAUCAUAUUUUUACACGCAUAUUUUUCAUUUUAUAUAUACUUGGUUUUUAAAUUAAUGUUUGAACUAGUUAACUUGUCUAAGUACCUAGAUCUAAGAUCGGUGAUAGUGCGACAUAAGACAGGUAGAUACCUACAUCGCGAAAACUUUAUUUUGUAUAACAAUAAGGGGCCGUCACAAAGCUUCUACUUGUCGCGAUUCACUCACCUGUGGAACCGGCCCCUAAAGAAAAGUUUUAAAAUUGACAAUUAUUUUCUCUGACUUGUAAUAUACUUUUUUCUUUGAAUUGUAACAUAUAUUUUGGUUUCUAAGGAAAUUAUGCAUGCAUAUAAUUAUUAUUAUUUUGACAAAUAUAUAUGUUUUAUGUCGUACUUAACACGCGGCCAGUUAAACUGUCGCCGCAUUAGGUAAAUAUGGUUCUAUGUGAUUAAAUGUUGAGUAUAGAAUAUAAAGAAAUAGUUUCAACCACCAUGCUUGAGAAGUAAACCAUACCAACGGACCCUGUAGAAAAUAGGAAGUCAAUUAGACUUCAUAGAUGUAAACUCUUGCAACACUCCUGAAUUUCAAGGCAUACUUGAAUUAGUAGAUACCUAUAUACAUAAUAUUAUGGAUAUAUAUUGAUUAAGUAAAUGCUCUGCGUAAAUAAUGUUUUCGAUUUGGGAUCAUGGUUAAUAUUUCCUAUGCAUUCUAUAAGAUUGAUCUAUGUUCUUUGGUUUUAACUUUACCAUCAUUUAUAUUGUUGAAAUAUGCACGAGUUUUUAUUUUCCUGACGCUAUGUAAAUAGAUAAAGCAUAUAUCAAGUUUAUAUAUAUAUAUAUAUGUAUGCUUUUUAUUAUAAUAAAGUUUAGUAAAUAACACAUAUUACUGUUAAUGUUGUACCAUAUAAACGAAAUUAGAAAUCGGCCCAAUUAACAUCCAUGGAGCCACAUUUUAAACAUUUGUUAGAUUUAUGAUAUAAUUGAUUUACCUAAUGGAAUAAAUAAAUCGUUUAAAAUGCA